GCUGCAUUGCGACAAAUUACUGAUAAAGCUCGGGAAUUUGGAGCAGGGCCGUUGUUUAAUCAGAUUCUGCCUCUGCUGAUGUCGCCAACACUUGAAGAUCAGGAGCGUCACUUGCUUGUCAAAGUCAUCGACAGAAUUCUGUACAAACUGGAUGACUUGGUCCGACCAUAUGUACACAAGAUCCUUGUUGUCAUUGAACCACUGCUGAUUGAUGAAGACUACUAUGCUAGAGUGGAAGGCAGAGAAAUUAUUUCAAACUUGGCGAAGGCUGCUGGUUUGGCAACAAUGAUCUCCACAAUGCGACCUGAUAUUGAUAAUAUGGAUGAAUAUGUCCGAAAUACAACAGCUCGAGCCUUUGCUGUCGUUGCCUCUGCUUUGGGCAUUCCUUCUCUGUUACCCUUCUUGAAAGCUGUCUGUAAAAGCAAAAAAUCCUGGCAGGCUAGGCAUACAGGCAUCAAGAUUGUACAGCAGAUUGCUAUUCUUAUGGGUUGUGCUAUCCUGCCUCAUCUCAGGAGCUUGGUUGAAAUUAUUGAACAUGGUCUGGUGGACGAGCAGCAGAAAGUUCGCACCAUCAGUGCUUUGGCUAUUGCUGCUUUGGCUGAGGCAGCUACUCCCUAUGGUAUUGAGUCAUUUGAUUCUGUUCUGAAGCCUUUAUGGAAGGGUAUACGUCAACACAGAGGAAAGGGUUUGGCUGCCUUUUUGAAGGCUAUUGGUUACCUGAUUCCACUCAUGGAUGCUGAGUAUGCAAACUAUUAUACCAGAGAAGUCAUGCUAAUCCUUAUCAGAGAGUUCCAGUCUCCUGAUGAAGAGAUGAAAAAAAUUGUGUUGAAGGUGGUAAAGCAGUGUUGUGGUACAGAUGGUGUUGAAGCAAACUACAUUAAAACAGAAAUCUUGCCACCUUUUUUCAAACACUUCUGGCAACACAGAAUGGCAUUGGACAGAAGGAAUUACAGACAGUUGGUUGAUACAACUGUGGAGCUGGCAAAUAAAGUUGGAGCAGCAGAAAUUAUUUCUAGAAUUGUGGAUGAUCUGAAAGAUGAGGCUGAGCAGUACAGAAAAAUGGUCAUGGAAACAAUUGAGAAGAUAAUGGGAAAUCUGGGGGCAGCGGACAUUGAUCAUAAACUGGAAGAACAACUUAUUGAUGGUAUCUUGUACGCCUUUCAGGAACAGACUACAGAGGAUUCUGUAAUGCUGAAUGGUUUUGGCACAGUGGUUAAUGCUCUAGGCAAAAGAGUUAAACCCUACUUGCCACAGAUCUGUGGUACAGUUUUGUGGCGUUUGAACAACAAAUCGGCUAAAGUUAGGCAGCAGGCUGCUGACCUGAUCUCUCGUACUGCAGUUGUCAUGAAGACUUGUCAAGAGGAAAAACUGAUGGGACACUUGGGUGUUGUGUUGUAUGAGUACCUGGGUGAAGAAUAUCCUGAAGUACUGGGCAGCAUACUUGGAGCACUUAAGGCUAUUGUGAAUGUUAUAGGUAUGCACAAGAUGACACCACCAAUCAAAGAUCUGCUGCCACGGCUUACACCUAUUUUGAAGAACAGACAUGAGAAAGUACAGGAAAAUUGUAUUGAUCUUGUGGGGCGCAUUGCAGACCGAGGUGCAGAGUAUGUUUCUGCAAGAGAAUGGAUGAGGAUCUGCUUUGAACUGCUUGAAUUAUUAAAAGCUCACAAGAAAGCUAUCCGAAGAGCCACAGUGAACACUUUUGGUUAUAUUGCUAAAGCUAUUGGACCUCAUGAUGUAUUGGCUACACUGCUAAAUAACUUGAAAGUACAGGAAAGGCAGAACAGAGUAUGUACUACAGUAGCAAUUGCUAUUGUAGCUGAAACAUGCUCACCUUUCACAGUGCUGCCUGCACUCAUGAAUGAAUACAGAGUUCCAGAACUGAAUGUCCAGAAUGGUGUGUUAAAAUCUCUUUCUUUCCUGUUUGAAUACAUUGGAGAGAUGGGAAAAGAUUACAUUUAUGCUGUUACACCUUUGCUUGAAGAUGCUUUAAUGGACAGGGAUCUUGUACACAGACAAACAGCCAGUGCCGUGGUGCAACAUAUGUCUCUUGGUGUUUAUGGGUUUGGCUGUGAAGAUUCUCUUAAUCAUUUGUUAAAUUACGUAUGGCCUAAUGUGUUUGAAACCUCUCCUCAUGUCAUUCAGGCAGUUAUGGGGGCUCUGGAGGGCCUCAGAGUUGCUAUUGGUCCCUGCAGAAUGUUGCAGUAUUGUUUACAGGGUUUGUUUCACCCUGCCAGAAAAGUCAGAGAUGUUUAUUGGAAGAUUUAUAAUUCAAUCUACAUCGGGUCACAGGAUGCUCUGAUAGCACAUUAUCCAAGAAUCUAUAAUGAUGAAAAGAACACCUAUAUUCGUUACGAACUUGAUUACAUCUUAUAAUCAUCUUGUUCAGUUGUUUGUGUUUAAUGCACAGCUGUUCUUCAAUUAAACGCUUCAGAUUUGAUGAUGUAAAAUUUUAAAAUAUUGGAGAUCAGUAUAGAGCUGGUCAGAGGCAGAGCUAGGAAUCCAGUAGCAUGAUUUUUUUAAAAUAUGUCCUUGUUUUUUGAUGUUAAACUGUUAAAGCCAGUAGUGACCAAGAAAACAGUGAUUACAAUGUACUGGAGGGAUUUCAUUUUGAAUUCAUCUUUAUGAAGAUUUAGAUUUCAUUCCUUGUGUUUAAAGGGGAAGUUUAUUUGAGAAAUAAACAUUUGUGUAUAAAAACUAAUUGGUGUGUGGUUUUUGGACAGAGGGGCUUGUAAAACGAGUCCCUUUGGAUUAAGUAUUUGUUCAUGUAAUAAAUAGGUGGCAUAAAACAUUUUAACCCUUUUUGUCAUCCCCUAGCUUUUGAAUAAAUAAGAAAAACAUACAAACUGUA